AACUCGUGGAGGCAGGACCUGAGAAAAGCAGGAACAGCUUUAAGCGUAGAGUAGGUUUGUUGAGCUCUGCUAUGCUGGCACUACUUUUCCUGCUCCUGGCAUCAGGAAGUGAUGUCAUAGGGGAAGUUGAGGACAAGAAGCCCAACUUUGUCCUCAUGAUGGUGGACGACCUCGGGAUUGGGGACGUAGGUUGCUAUGGCAAUGAUACCAUCAGAACUCCCAACAUAGACAGACUGGCUUCAGAGGGAGUUAAACUGACCCAGUACAUUGCAGCAGCUCCUCUCUGCACUCCAAGCCGGGCCGCUGUGAUGACAGGCCGUUAUCCACUUCGCUCAGGGAUGGCCAGCACAGGCCGUGUCCAGGUACUGUUGUUUCUCGGAGGUUCAGGGGGACUUCCACCUAAUGAGACUACCUUUGCUAAGAGGCUGCAGCAACAUGGAUACACCACCGGCCUGGUUGGUAAGAGGCGGUCAGGUAAAUGGCACCUGGGUGUGAACUGUGAAUCCAGAGGCGAUCACUGUCAUCACCCAAACCAGCAUGGUUUCAGCUAUUUCUAUGGCCUGCCAUUCACACUUUUUAAUGACUGCGUUCCUGGAGAGGGCAGCGAUGUGCUGGUAGAUAUUCAGCUUGCACUCCAACAUCUAACCCUACUGCUUGGACUGGGACUACUUACAAUGGUGUGUGUCCGUCUCUGUGGGCUCCUUGAAGUUCGUCUUUGGCUCCUGGUGCUACUUUUCUUUGUCAGUAUAGUAGCAGCAGCUGUGUGGUAUGUCCCCUUUGGGCUUCUUCAAACCUGGAACUGCAUCAUUAUGAGGAACCAAGAUGUGAUAGAACAGCCUAUGACAGUGGAGACACUGCCCCAGAGACUGCUGGCAGAAGCACAAAGUUUUAUAAAGAGGAAUGCGGAUCGUCCGUUCCUCCUCUUCUUCUCUUUGGCUCAUAUCCACACGCCUCUGUUCACAACACCUGCCUUUGCUGGGAAGAGCCGCCAUGGUCGCUAUGGUGACAACCUAGAAGAAUUGGACUGGAUCAUUGGUAAAAUAACAGAAACUGUGGAUUCACUUGGCCUAGCCAACAAUACCUUCAUGCAUUUUACUUCAGACCAUGGUGGGCAUUUAGAAGAUUCUGAUUCUCUUAUUGGCCAGAAAGGAGGCUGGAACAGUAUAUAUAAAGGUGGGAAGGCGAUGGGGGGCUGGGAAGGGGGAAUCAGGGUGCCUGGUAUUUUUCGCUGGCCCGGCAGGCUGGCAGCAGGAAAAGUAGUUGAUGAGCCUACAAGCCUCAUGGAUCUCUACCCCACCCUGAAAUACUUAGCCAAGGACACCCAGCCAGAUAGAUAUUUAGAUGGCUAUAACCUCAUGCCACUGCUGGAGGGGAAAGCUGCACGAUCAAAGCAUGAAUUCAUGUUCCACUACUGCGGUGGGUACCUGAAUGCAGCACGGUGGCACCCACCUGAUAGCAACUCCAUCUUCAAGGUGCAUUUUUUCACGCCAAACUUCUUUCCUCCGGGCGCUGGGGGGUGCUAUGACACUAAGGUUUGCCUGUGUCAUGGCCAACAUGUGACCCAACAUAACCCACCGCUGCUGUAUGACCUUUUCCAUGACCCUUCAGAGGUCCGACAACUGACCCCUGAGACUGAGCCUCGAUACGCUGAAAUCCUCCAGCAGAUUGCCAAAGCUGUAGAGAAACAUAAGAGCACCUUUCCAAGUAAAGAGGGAUCUGAUGAAAUUCAAGUUCAGCCCAACACAAUUCAAAACCAAAUGAGCUGGGAAAAGAUUUUGUGGAGACCCUGGCUGCAGCCGUGCUGUGGGACCUUCCCAUUUUGUGGGUGCAAGGAAGACAAAAACAUUUAUAAAUAGGUUUCAGGUUAAUAAAGUUUUUACUUGUUGACAUA